CUGUAAUAAACAUUCGUUUGCACUCAAAUGGAGGUUAGGUCAUUAAGAUGUUUAGGACUCUGGUUAUGUAAAGAAAAGAGGACUUAGUACGUUUUGGCGUGAGCUCCAUCUUCUGACACGGACAGUUUAUCAAAUCUGGGUAUACCAGUGUUUGUUUCUUGGCAGAGGAGGGAGGGUUCAGAGAUUGGAUCGGAAAUGUCGGUGAAGAGCAGGGGAAAAGAGCACGUCUCACCAAGUUUCAUUUCUAGAAAAUGGACUCUGUUUCUCUGCUUGGCCAGCUUCUGUGCUGGAAUGUUCUUCGCCAACCGGAUGUGGGCUGCUCCCGAGUUUGAAGAGAUGAUAACAACUGCAGGUGAAGAUGAAGGUCUGAAGUUAGUCUCAGAUGACUGCAAUAAAGAAAAUCCAAAAGGUGUGAAGUUGUUGUCUGAAGAUAUCUUUGGGGAAGUUUUGAAAACACAUCGCGCUAUCCAGACACUAGAUAAGACCAUAUCAAAUUUGGAGAUGGAAUUGGCUGCUGCAAAGGCAACUCAGGAGUCAAUUCUUAGUGGCUCUCCAGUAUCCGAUGACACCGAGAAGACUGAUUCAUCUAAAACAAGGAAAUAUUUUAUGGUUAUAGGAAUAAAUACUGCAUUCAGUAGCAGGCAAAGAAGAGAUUCGAUUCGUGCUACGUGGAUGCCACAAGGAGAAAAAAGGAAGAAGUUGGAAGAAGAGAAAGGAAUAAUCAUCCGGUUCGUCAUUGGUCACGGUGCAACAAUGGGGGGCAUACUUGACAGAGCUAUUGAAGCUGAAGACAAGACACACGGAGAUUUCUUGCGUCUGGAUCAUGUUGAGGGGUAUCUUGAGUUGUCUGCUAAGACAAAAACUUACUUUGCCACUGCUGUUAAGUUGUGGAAUGCAGAGUAUUACUUCAAAGUUGACGAUGAUGUUCAUGUAAAUAUAGGAACACUAGGAGAAAUAUUAGCGAGGUACCGCAAAAAGCCACUUGUGUACAUAGGGUGCAUGAAAUCUGGUCCAGUCCUUUCACAGAGGGGAGUAAGAUACCACGAACCAGAACACUGGAAAUUCGGGGACAGUGGAAACAAGUAUUUUCGUCACGCUACAGGGCAAAUAUAUGGGAUUUCAAAGGACUUGGCCACAUAUAUUUUAUUACACCAGCAUGUACUGCACAAGUAUGCUAAUGAAGAUGUUUCACUGGGAUCUUGGUUUAUUGGGCUUGAUGUUCAGCACAUUGAUGAUAGGAGAUUGUGUUGUGGGACUCCGCCCGAUUGUGAAUGGAAGGCACAAGCAGGCAACAUUUGUGUUGCUUCGUUUGAUUGGACCUGCAGUGGGAUAUGCAACUCCAUUGCAAGGAUGAGAGAGGUGCACCAACGUUGUCGCGAGGACAACAAUGUCUUGUGGAAUGCUACGGCAUUCUGACCGGGAAACACAGAGGAAAGUAGCUGUACAUGCAAUCUUACAAGUUGGUUUUGCAAUCUUGUUGCUUUUUUUUAAAAGUGAUAUCUCCUUACAAAAUAUCUUUGGGAUGAAAAUAGAAUCUUUACAUUGUUUUUGUGUUUCAGAAAACAGGUUAUUGCACUUAUACUGUUCAUAAAGUAUAGAUCUUUGU